AUUGUUUUAUUGACGAGCUGCAUAUGAAUUCAUACACCUGUCUGAAUGUGAAGCAGGACACAACUCCACAAACAUUAUUUACUGAUACAAGAAAAGAAGAAUCAAAAAGGGAAAAAAAAAAACACCCACAGUGAGCUCAUCAUUUAAAGGCGACUGGACGCAGAAUCUCUUGUGACUUUGGGUUAAUGCACAGCACAUUUGAACACGUAGCCUGAUCGAGUCUGGAGGCAGCGGCUUCAUUGUGCAGGAGCCGCACAGGAAACAGUGCAGGACGCACAUCAUAUCCUCUGAUGACAGUGGGAGGUCAGGGACUGAUAAUCAGCUCCACCAGCGAAUAAAAGCACCUCAAUAGGCAGCAGCCCCCUCCCACUCUCUCUCCCUCUCUCUCCCGUUUCCCCACCUCUUUCUCUGUCUUUCUCUCCUAUCCUAACCAACAUGGCCGCUAAGUCGGAUGGAGCAGCGGUGUCUGUGGAAGAUGACAACACGCCCAGGAGCCUCUCGGAGCCGGGGAUCCCCGCCGCCCGGCCCCGUUGCACCUCCGCCGGCGGGAAACCCUACACAGUGCUGGACUGCUGCUGGGUGCUCUGCGCCCUGCUCGUCUUUUUCUCCGACGGCGCGACCGACCUGUGGCUGGCCGCCGACUACUACCUGAGAGACGACUACUGGUGGUUCGGCUUGACGCUCGUCUUUGUCGUAGUGCCCUCCGCUGUCGUGCAGGUGUUGAGUUUCAGGUGGUUCGUGUACGACUACUCGGAGCUGAGCGGCGGGGACGGAACAGCGGCAGGCGGCGGGAGCGCGGGAGCGGCAGGCGCGGCAGGCGCGGCAUCCGCGGCGGGCGACAACACUUUAAGCACCAAGGACAGCGACCAACCGCGCGGCGAGAACGCCGCGACGGGGAACGCCGCGAAUGUUACGCCGGUUUACACGUCCUCUGUCCCACCUGACACAGCGGGGAGUGUCGGCCACCCUCGGAAAUGUUGCACCGUGUGUAUGUGGGUCUUUCAAACGGUGCUUCACGUUCUGCAGUUGGGGCAAGUCUGGAGGUAUAUCCACACUCUCUACCUUGGCGCCCAGAGCCGUUGGAACAGCAACGGGCCUCGCCGCCAUUUCUACUGGCGGCUGAUGUUCGAGAGCGCUGACAUCACCAUGCUCCGCCUCCUGGAGGCAUUCCUCAAGUCGGCACCGCAGCUCGUCCUCCAGCUGAGCAUCAUGAUCCACGGAAAUGGUGUCCUCCCUCUGCAAGGUCUCUCGGCCUCUGCCUCCUUGGUCUCUCUAGCCUGGAUGAUUGCCUCCUAUCAGAAGGUCCUCCGUGACUCUCGUGACGACAAACUGCCCAUGUCCUACAAGGCUGUGAUCGCACAGAUGCUGUGGCACUUCUUCACCAUUGGAGCAAGGACUGUGGCCUUUGCCCUCUUCGCUUCUGUCUUCCAGCUCUACUUCGGCAUAUUCAUCGUCAGCCACUGGUGUGUCAUGACUUUCUGGAUCAUCCAAGGUGAGACCGACUUUUGCAUGUCUAAGUGGGAGGAGAUCAUCUACAACAUGGUGGUGGGAAUCAUCUACAUCUUCUGCUGGUUCAAUGUCAAGGAGGGGCCCAGUCGUUUCCGCAUGAUUGUCUACUAUUCUGUGACACUGGCUGAGAACGUCGCACUGACCACCGCCUGGUACACGUAUCGCGGCACGCACACCUCUGACUCCUACGCCCUCAUCGUGGUGUGCCUAAUGGCUUGCAGCUUUGCCCUGGGCACCUUCUUCAUGCUGCUGUACUACUGCUGGCUGCACCCUGAUGGCCCUGUUCUGGGCUCACAGUGGAGAGGAUGUGUGGACGAGGGUGUGGUGGGUGCCGGAGGGGUUGCAGGAGUAAUUGAUGCUUGCCUCACCCCGUCGCAAGGGUCCCAAACAGAUAUGGUCAUUACAAGCCCUCCGAGGACUCUCCCCAGGACUAAAGACACGGGAGAGUUGAUUCCUGGGGAGAGAGAAAGGGACAAGGAGAGAGACAGGGACAGUUGCUUGCCUGUCUUCCAGGUACGUCCCUCCCCUUCCUCCUCUCCUGCACUCCUUCACAGGACCUCCUCCUCAUCCCGUGCACAGGAGGGCCCUGUGAUCCGGAUUGACCUCCCAAGAAAGCGAUACCCAGCCUGGGAUGCACACUUCAUUGAUCGGCGCCUCCGCAAGACCAUUCUGCUACUGGAGACAACAUCGGCCGUCAGCCCCCGGAUACAGUACAGAAGUAGCAUGAUGGGAAGCAAAGAGGUAUUAGAAUAUGAAACAACAGUCUAAGCCAAAGGGGCUCUUAACUUAAAAUGCAGUCUGGGACCAAGGCUCAGUCGGAGAUUAGUUCUCAUCCCAAGACAAUGUAUGUCAGGAGAGACAUGAAGAGGAGACACAGUGUCAGGUGACUGCUUUUAAGAAAAGAGGUUGUCAGAACUUGAUUGUAAAAUGUGAAGCGCAAUCUGUGACUAAGGCUCUCCCUUUAGGACACAGUCCAGGAGUAAGUAGCAUGAAUGAGCCAUGGGAAGUUACUGGAGUAAUGCUGAACUGGGUUAAUCUUCAUCUUCUCUACUCUAAAAACUCGAAGGUCAGAAAUGUAAUCUCUCAUCUUGGGACCAAGGAGUGUUAGAUUUAGUUUCAUCACAAAUGGUCAGCACAAGAUGUAAAAAAAAGACUUAGGAAGAAUGAAGUCACAGAGAUUGAGAUCAAUUGCGAAAUAGUCUGCUGCAUGAACCUAAGCCUUGGAUUGUGGAGAUGUAACCGAGACUUGCCAGGUAAUGCUGCUAGAGUUUGCGUUGGACAUGCAAUUGUUUUGGCUUGGCAGCAGAAUCAGAGUGAUUUAUCCAAUAAAUACAACUUAUGUGAUUUGCAGGUCAAAAGAUCCCUAAAGAUCUACCUUAAACCAUGCUGAAUGUGGAUCGUUUUAGAAAUCCAGGAUAUAUGCAGUAUGAUUGAAUAGCACUUAAAUCAGGAUAAACAAAACAUAACUUACGUCUGUUUCAGUUUGAAUAAGCUAGAUACCUUUGACCUUCAAAUCACUGAAUCAUUACUGACUUACAGGAGUGAUGAUUUAAAAAAACAACAACAACGAUAUACCAACAAUAAGAAUGAACUCUUUAAGCAAAGCUAAAUGAUAGUUGUAUUAUCCCCCCCCCCCCCCCCAUCAUGCCUCAAAAAGAUUGCAUGUCCCUCUGGACCUUCGGUAACAAUCCCCUGAGCUUCAUCAGUGGCGUCUGAAGACAGAUGUAGUCUUCUACUUGUGUCUCCAGACUCACAGAAACACAAGCAUUGAUCUACCGUUGGCUCAAAACUAAGUCUCCGCCCAGAUGGCUUAUAAAAUGUUGGCCACACAUCCGCACGAGUUACAACAGCAGCCGGUUACAAAUGUCCCACAGUUUCCACCCCAGCUACCUGAGAAGAGGACGCGUUUGGAAAAAAUGAAUCAGGACUGGAUGUCAGGAUGUAAGCUGGACAAGUUCUGCAGUGGCUACCACCAUAAUGGCAUGCUGCAACUCGCCACACACAGGCCUGUGAUGUACAGUUGAAUAAAUACAGAUGUCAGAUAUAAGCUAUACUAGUAAGUAGUUUACGUGAUGAAUGGCGUUUGGUUUUACUACUACUAAAUUUUAUUCUGAGUUUUCCUCCUUCUUCAAACACAUAACAUAGGCAUGGGAAAGGUAUCAUGAGCAAACUCAUUAUCCUGUGAAAACAUUUUUCAGUGUUUGUUUUCUGUGUUUUUUUUUGGAGGGAGGGUGAACAGUAGCAAACAAAGAAUCAUGACAACAGACCUUAAGACAUAUGAAAACCCAUGAACAUGUUUGGCUAAGGGCCAGGUCAUACUUACUGCGUUCUCCACUCAAACAAGGCCCAAGCUCUGCACCAGUUUAGCAUUCUGCGCAUGCUUACUCAAACUCAUAUUCCAUUACAGUAGCAGUGAUUACUCACCAGGAAAUCCUUUGUGUUUCCUUGUAUUCGCUAACUUGUACAUGUAUGGGUAUUGGUGGUUUUCCUCAUAUAAUCUCAAACAAGUUCCCAUGGUUAGCCUCUUCUUUGUUGUCUCUUUUGACCAAAACAAGAGCAUGCCACCUACUGGACUGGAGAGCUGUGUGCAGAUCCACAGACCCAAGUGGACCUCUACUCACACGUGGACAUGGAAAGAAUGACCCGGCCCUAAGAGGUUUAUACAAGAUACAAAAUGUGUCCUAAGAAAAUUGAUAACAAAAAAUCAUUCAAAGUUGCAAAGUGCAUAGCCUUUUUUGCAGUAAACAAGAAGUUACUCAGCAAUAGCUGUUCUUUCUUGUCUCAAUUGUUGACGUUGGAUUGACCUUCAUAAAUGCGAUGCAACUUAGAAAGUCUGCACAAGCCUUUGACUUUGAACUGAGUUUACUGGACAGGAGUAAAAGCAACAUGGUAAAUUGUGUUGCUCUACAUUUAAAAUUGCUAUUGCUAUCCCCGAAAGCAAGUUGAACACGUUCAGCAGCCAAUCAGUAAUCAACUACAAAGUCGAAAAAUUUAAAUCUUUCCACCUGGGUAUCAAUUAAAAUCAGCUAGAGCUUUGGAAAGUGGAGCCUGGUCAGCAACAAUUAACAGUUAAUAAAAAAAGAUUGGCAUCAAAGCUAACUUCACAACAGAUUGUUGUUCAGUCGCAAAACUUCACUUUGAAGUUCUUCUAAAGAAAAUGGAAAAGGGGGAGUCAGUCAGUGCAUUAAAGGGGAUCUCCUUUGUUUUGAAGUGUGUGGGGGGGUCUUUAACUCCAUCCCAGGAACAAUGCACAAGCAUGUUCAUCAAAGCAUGUGUCAUAGGAGCUUUAACAACCCAACAAUCAUUUGGAAGUUGACAAAGGUCGUGGGGGGGGGGAGUCAUCAGCUCAUGGCUGACUGUCCCAAGCACAAAAAGUAGUAUUAUGCCUAGUAUGUAAAACAAAACAAAAUGGUAUAGAUUUUCAACAUGCGCUUGGACACAUGAACUUGUUAAUGUACACAUACCUGGGGCCAUUCACAUGCAGUCUUUAAGGUUUGUGUAUAAAAAUGCAUUAUUUUGAAUGGAGACAACCAUUACACAUGUGUAUUAAUGAGCGACACUGUCCAGAUGCAGCUCAGAUGAAAUUCCUAGUAGUUCCUAGUAAUUUGUAUUCAGUUUUUAUUUAUUUUUUAUUUUUUUUCUUGGUUUAAUGCUUUAAUAAAUUCCACGUGGCUGCUGCAACUUCUGUCAUCUCAGCAGCUUCCAGGCUCUGUUGCUAAGUAACAAUGCAGAAGAAAAAAAGUUGUGACAAUGCAGACAGAAGCUCCACCCCACAAGCGCCUUGGUUAUAAAACACCUCUGGCUUCUCCCAUUCCAUUCUUAUUAUUAGUUACUAGUUUUUAGACACUGCAUAUGAAUGGCCCUCUAUUGACAAAUGUCAUGCAACAAAAAUUGUGACAGUAUUCACUAUUCAUUUUAAUAAUCACCUUUACGCCGAUGAUGCUUGUGUAUAUUCUGAGGUGUUGAAGGAACUCCCAAUGGUUAAAAAUCUGUGCACUGUACUUUAUUGUGUAGAGCAAUCAGGAAGAAAAGUGUCCAUACUUACUUUUCAAACGAUGCUUUUUCAUAGAUGAUGAAUUUCAGUGUCUAUGAAAUUUAGUUCCUGAAAUCUUUUUGUUCGUCAGUGAACAUUUUGGCAUGACUCUGGUGCUAGAGGAAAGUGUAACGGUGGGUUAUUAGGAAUCAUUCUCUUUCAGGGUCAUUGGUAGCCUGUUGGUUAAUCUCAACCAGCAUUUCUCCAGGGGCACCCACAUGCAGAAAUGUUCAGUUUGGUUUUUCUAAGAAACGUUCUGCUGCUGUCAGCGUCCAAGAUGAGUCUGCUGCUGACCUUUCCUCACUGCCUGUACUUGUUUGAUGUGCUGUUUCAUUUUUUUUUUUUUAUUUGGGAGAAUGUGGAUAAUCAGCACUCUGAGGGAUUGCAGGAUAGACCCAGUGGCCAUCAUACGCUUUGUUAAAUACAGUAUAAGUGAUCUCACCAAACCAAAACAAGGUUUGUAGUUGUAUGUGUGUCUCCUCUGCUGGGAAAAUCAGGAAGACAAUUUUAAAGACUUAAUUAAUUGAUGAGAAAAAAAAUAUUGGUAGUAACGCAUUUGUAUUACCUGGCCAGUGUUAUGUCCUACCUGAGCUUGUGGAUGUUGGUGUCACUGGUGGCAGUCACAGCAAUGUUAAUGGUGCUGAAAACAAUGACUCUUUGUCAAACUUGAUGUUAAACGUGACAGGCCUGAAGGCUGAUGUACAGACGACGCGUACCUCCCACUCAUGGGUUGAGGGCGAAGCUUCACUGACUCUACAGAGCCAGUCUGUUGUUGUCGAGGUAAAAUAACAGUAAAUAGUGGUGCACUGGUUAUAUAUUAACUUGAACAAAAACAUGUUAAAAAGUAAACGGUGAGUUUUUUUAAAAAAACAAACAAAAAAAAAACUCAAAUCAUCUUUUAUUAAUUGAUGCAAGUAUUUAUGUUUAUUUAUUUUUAUAUUUGUUUUAUAUCUAUUUAUCUAUUGUUUACUCACUCAGUGGCCAUGUCUUUGGUAUGACUCUUGUCAUAAGAUGUAAAAACUAAGAUGUAAAAACUAAAACCAGAUUCUUUUUUUUACUCAUUCUAUAUAUCUGUAUAUACCAGAGUGGCGCUAUACUAGGAUAUGCGCGUAUGAGUAUGUGUGCUUUGGUUUGUAUGUAUUGUUGGUAUGUGCAGUAUGUAAGGAUGUGCUUUUAAGUUUUUUUGAUAAUGCUGCUUAAAAAUCCUCCGAGUGAAUGAGCAGAAAAAAAAAACA